UUUCCACGGUGGUGAUGGCUUCACUCCGUAGCCAUUGCUUUUCUUAAGGCAUGUAGAGUAAAAUCCUGACAGCACGAUAUUGUUUGGAGCAACAAAAGCUCUUUGUGUCGAGCACUGUCAGCUGUCACAAUAACGUACUGUAUUUUACAGACAAAAAUAUCAGAAAACACUUGAUCAGGGAUUAUUUUCGUGUGUGUGUGUGUAUAUAUAUAUAUAUAUAUAUAUCAACUUAAAAAAGAUAUUGUAAUUGUUUAAACUGCUUUUUAUAUGUUCUCACUGAGAUCAUACAAACUAACAUGGAGUUUAUAUAAAUGAACUAUUUUCCUUUUUAUUCAUUUUCAUAUGACUUGCAAAACAAAUGAGACAUCUGGUUUAGGUAUUUGCAUCAGAAAUCAAAAAACGUCAUCUCAUAGGGAAAUGAGACAUUGUUACAGCAAAAGGGAUAUUGCAGAUAAAAAGGCAAAAUAAACUGGGUAGACUUACAUAUUAAAUGAAGAGGCAAACAGACGAUUAACAAAAUAGCCAAGGUUUAAAAAAUAAGUAUCCGCGUUUGUAAGUGAACACAAACAAGCAGUGAGUUAGUGGCCAGUUAUAUUAUUACUAAAUAUAUAUUUUGGACAGGCAAUGAUUAGCAGUGUUCCCAUGUUGAUUUUACUUUGAUUCUCCUUAAGGGUAGACACCAAGGGAGAAUUAUUGACCCAUUUAACGGUUUCAUAAUUCUUGUCAUUUUAAAGUUAAAGUAUUUCACAAAGAAAAUAUUACAUAUUUUUGUAUUACAAUCUACUGUAAAAGUCAAGAAAUUUAUUUUUUUUAAAAAGUCAAUUUCAACCAUUUUUUGAAAUACAAUGUUCUUUGAACCAGCCUAUUGAUGUAAAAAAAAAAACUUCAGAAUAUAGAUAGGAACAACUGGUAACAGGUGCUCCUGAAAUAAAGAUUUCUGGAGCAGCGUUUUUAUUACAGGUUUUCAGAGACAAUAUGUUUAAAUAUGCACAUGAGGCGAAAUGUCAUGCUAACUUUUACUGAGUUAUUAGAAAUCUACACACAAAAUAGGCAAUAAAAACACCUGUAUGUGUAUUUUGACUGUUUUGUUCCUAUCUCCGAUAGAACACAGGUUGUCGAAGCUAAAUAGCUCUCAUAAUUGACAAUAAAAACAUGUUUCUUCCUGCACUGUCCACCAAACUAUAAGUGUCUUCAGUGAAUCUGCCCCUUCAUGGUAGAUGAUAUUGAUUGAACAUGUAUUGAAGUUCCCUGCCGAGCUCAGAUGAGAAAUAUAGAAAACUGUAAUAAAAAGUAGGUCACGAAGCCGCAUUUCACAGCCUGUUUUGUAUUAAUUUCAUUAAACAUAUUAGAUCCACAAUUUGAAUUUAGGCUCCAACAGAUACUUUUAAAUGAUUGAAAACGUUACUCUUUCAUUAAGGAUUUAUUAUAAUUACAUGUUAACAUUACUCUAAAUGAAAUGUCAAAUACCUAUCUAUUUGUAUGUUUGACCUUUUCAGUGCAAAAAACACGAGUGUACCCUAAGCAUGAGAUUACAUUCACACUAUACAUGAGUGAGGAAAACUAAUGGUUUACUCUCAGGCAAGAAGGGUCAAAUAGUUAUUGACUUGUGUUGGACAGAUUAGAGCAGUCUGACUUACUAAAUAUAUUAAAGAUGCCAAAAGUAAUGUUACCAGAAGUCCCGUUGGCUUAGAGGCGAAGCCACAUUUGGAACGACUUUUUAAACAGUUUACAGUUUUUACUGAAGGUGGUGCAGUGGGGUUGCCAAAAUGAGAGGCCCCUUCAUGACAAAAAGUUAAACCAGACUCAAUUUUCCACAAACGUCUCGCCAGCGACUAUGGAGACUAACAUGAAAUAAUUAAUGGCAUUGAGUGUUACAAACUGCUGUGUUUGGGCAUCUAAAAAACCAUUGAACACAUGAAUCUGUUACUCCAACUCAAUUGCAUUUCCAUGUAUCCACAGUAGCUUACAUGUCAUAUUCCCACCAUUGCAGACCCCAUGCUGUUAUAACACAUCAUGGCUGUUUUAGGGCUAAAUGCCUUAAGGCCUCACUUUGUAGUCUGGUUGAAGCAGUGAUGGUAACCUAGUAGUCUACAUUUACUUAAGAAUGCUACAUAAGGCAUAGUUUUUUUUACCUCUCCGGGUGAAAAUCAAUAUAAAAGAAAAUAUUCUACAAUAUAAGCCCUACUUUUGAUGCCGGACGCAGGCCUUCUUUUUGUUAAAUACUUUUAUUUUACAUUUUGAUUUCAGAAUAUUUGCAGGGCUGCAAACUGUCAGGUCUUUUCAAUUACUUUUAAAACACUUUUUGGAAUUUCUCUUAUGUUAUUUUAUUGUUUGUUUUAUUCUCAAAUGUAAUAAUGUGUUUAGUUGCUGUUUUUUAGAUUAUUUUAUUCUCAGUGUAUUGAAAUGUGUCCGUUUUUUAUUCAGUCUGUACUUCUAAGUCUUUAUUAUACCAUGGCUUCUACUUAUACUUAAGUAACGGAUUUGAGUAGCCUAUAACCACUGGAUAUAAGAUGGUGAAGAGGCCUAUACAGACUUUUUACGUUUUAAACAAGUUUCGGUUCCAGGUUUAACUAUAAACCAUAAUAAAACGUUUCCACUUGCCUUAAUAACGCAUAUUAUGUCAAAUAAUGUAGGAAAUCCUGGCUGCAUCUGCUGAUUCCUGAAGAGACAGUAAGACUGUUCACUCCCUAAAGCCUGAGCUGAACAUGCUUAUGUCAAUGAGCCAUGUAAUGAGAACAAGAAAGAUGUAUUACAAACUUCAGCAGGGAAACCAUAGCACCUGUAACCCACCACAGUAAACCCAGCUGAUUCCCUCAUUUUAACUCUGUGUGACUGCCUCCACAUAGUUUUAUGAUCCGUAGCCUGCCAAUAGGAUUCAGGGUGAGUUCUCUCAGAGGGAGUGGAAGCUAGCGUGUUCAGGCAAGAUACCCUGCCUCACUUUGCCUACAAUGCCUCAUCCUUAUUUAGUCAGGAAACCUCAGAGCACCGCUAAUUGCUACGAGAGCCUCACGUUUUGAUGUGUAUCUCCGCAAUGGAUCAUACAAAUAUGUGGGAAAAGUGAAGUUGAAUGAGAAUGCAGGGCAAGGCCAACCGGGAUCCACAGAAGAAGUCCAUGGGAGAGAAGGCUCAACAUAUUCAGCAGCCUGAAGAUGAGAAAAAAGCAGUGCAGAAGAGAACCUUCACCAGGUGGAUGAAUGGGUUUCUGCAGAGACGUGAACCUCCGAUUGAAGUGUACGACCUGUUCACAGACAUUCAAGAUGGAAGAAUACUCAUGGCUCUGCUCGAGGAGCUGUCUGGGUGCCAACUACUUUACAGGUUUAGGUCUUCUUCCCACCGCAUUUUCAGACUGAACAACAUUUCCAAGGCCCUGGCUUUCCUGGAUGAUAGACAUGUGAAGCUGCUUGGCAUCGAUGCCUCUGGCAUUGCUGAUGGGAUUCCCUCUGUUGUUCUUAACCUUGUCUGGAACAUGAUCCUGUAUUUCCAGGUAAAAGAGGUGACAGCAGGCCUCCAGAGACAUUUAUCUUCUAGCCUCUCCUCCUUAUCAAUGAGCAGUUACCCCUCCUCCAGCGACCUCUCGCCCCCGCCAAAUGACAUUGGCAGCUAUUUCUGCAGCACCCUGCCAAGCAAAGGCAAAAAGGCUGCCAAAGAGCUAAAGUACCAUGGGAAAGCAAUCAAGACUCUACUGCGAUGGGUCCAAAGAUGCACAUCAAAGUUUGGAGUGGAGGUUCAUGACUUUGGGAGGAGCUGGAGGAGUGGGCUGGCCUUCCUCGCUAUGAUUAAGUCCAUAAACACAGCCUUGGUUGACCUAAGGGCGAGCCUGUCCAGAGAGCCAAGAGAAAACAUUAAGCUGGCCUUCAUGAUAGCCCAUCACAAUUUGGACAUACCACCUCUGCUGGAGCCUGAAGAUGUGUCAGGCACUUCACCAGAUGAGCAGUCCAUCAUCACCUAUGUGUCGAUGUUCCUGAGGUUUUGUCCAGACAAAGACGAGGAUGAUACGACAGAUAUGGAAGUUCCUGAUAUCCCACAUUUUGGAUCACUUGAGUCUGUCAGUCUUGGAGAAACCCUCGCUGAUGACCCAGAAGCCCAAGCAUUGUUCCAGGGCAUGAAGAUGAGCAGUGAACAGCUACUGUGGAAACGGUGGGCAAGGAGAUCCCAAGGGAGUGCCACCUCGCUUCACACAACUGAAACCACGUCUCCAUUCAAACAAUCGAAAAGCAGGAGUCGAAGCAUUUUACAGCCUCCCAGUCCACUGGAUGCAGGCGUUGCCAACCAGGAUAUCCGAUCAUGGAUGGAGAAAGCGCCUGCGGAUCAGGAGUACAGCAAGCCAAGGGUGGACGAAAGUCACUUUUCUUUGAGCUCAGAGGAAGGAAUCUACAGCUUGUCGGCACUGGACUCAGACGAGGAGGAUGCCUACAGCUACAUACUUGAUCUGAAUAAAGAGGUUUUUCAACCAUAUAAUCAGAUACAAAAACAAGUUCCGAGGGUUGAAGAGGAAACGGAGGAAGAAAUGUGUCUGAAUGGAGAGCAUGCUGAAUCAAAACAUCUGGAAGAAUGUGAGAUUUUAAACGGCAGUGGAUGUACACAUCAAGAAGAUUCCCUAGUGCAAAAUGUUGCAUCAGAAGUCAGGGAUCAGUCAGUGGUUCAUAGGAUGUUUGAUAGGGACACAAAUGAAAGUAGUUCCACAGAGAUGGCAUUUGACAUAGAACCAAAGGAAGACAGCAGGGAGGAACAGGAAGAUGAGAGAGUUGUUAGAGGACAGAGUAAUGACGCUGGAGAUGACUCUGAGGAAGAGAGGGAGAAGACAGAAAAUGCUAGAUGUGUAAUGCAUGGACAUGAUAAAAGGGACGCUCUUAUAGAUGGAUCCAAGAACACAAGGGUUUUCGAAGCCGCUAGUUGGAAUAGAGAGGUUGAGGAAGACACUGAAAAAGGGCUUUUUGAAAAAUGUCGACAAGUGAGCAAAAAGGUGCUUGAAAAUGAAGAGGAAGAACAUGGGGCGACAUUUGAGGAACGGCAGCAGGGGGAAGAAAGAGUUGAAGAGGUUAAUGUAAAGGAGGAAGAGAGGGAAAAGUGGGGAGGUAGUGCCAAGGUAGGAGAAAAUGGAAAAAUAAUAACUGACAAGGCUGUAAAUGAAGUCAGCAGAGCUGAUGCAACUACAACAAACUCAAAAGAAGAACAUUAUGGGAAAUACAAUGCCCAAAAAAUAGAUAAUGUAUCUUCUAAAGAAGAAAACAAGGAACGGUACAAUGAUGAAGUCAUGAAUCCAAUGGAUUUUGAGGAAGUCAAAACUGCAGAGCUUAACGACAGAGACAUUAAGACUGAGAAAUGUAAACUUGCUGUCAAUAAGGCAACAACAGGAGACCAUCCUGACAAAACUGCCCCCAAAAAUAACACCAACGGAGGUGUUAACGUCCAUCCUGCCUUCAGUGCAACUUCUUGGUUAUUCGGAGAAAGAGGAUUCCUUUUUCAAUCUCCAGCAGCCUUUUGUGGCAUAACCCCAUUAGAGCUGGAAAUGCUCUUGCUCCUGUGGAUCCUGCUGUACUGCUACUUCAUCUUACCUCAAAUUAACUUCUGAGUCACCCUGCAGUGAGCCCUUCCUAUUACCAGAUGUUUAAAUAUACUACCACCUUAAAAUCAAUUGAGGUUCACCUUUGGACAUUUUAGAAAUCUGACUUUCAAACCAAUUUUUAUCCAAUUGACAUCUUUGACAGCUUUAAUUUGUGGUUUCUGAGUGCACAUUGUAGUUACUGUUCUUUGGGUUGUGUAUCUAUCACCUUUUAUUUAAGUUUCUUUAUUUUGUAUAGUAAUGCAUUUACUAAUAUUUCUUUUACAGAGGUGUAUCUCUUUUAGCUUACUCAAAAGGAUUUAUGGUUUAUUGAGCAGACAUAAAUGUCAUCUCAAGAGUUGAACUGUGAAAUCACACUUAUGUCCUUGAGGUAGCAUUUUAAACUAAUGACAGGAAAGAAAUGUAAACUACCAAAUACGCAUGUUUGAAGCUUGAUCUAUAAUUGUGAAGUUCAAAGAUUUUCUUUAUAAUUCGAUGUGUUUAAGUUAAGUUGCUAGGCUGCACAAAUUGGACUGUUGUUUCUCCGCCACUGUUAACAAAGGGAAUGCAUGCCACAAACAGUGCACUAGCAAGCAGCUUAAAGUCACUCCUGUCAUUGGUCCUUAGAUUCCUGAUGAAAUAUAAUCCAAUCAUCACAUAUCAACUGUUUCAACUGUAUCUUAUCAUGAAUGAUUAAAGGCCUGUGGAAGUGUGCUGUGGUUUACAUGAGAAAACAAACCCUAUCUGUCUUCACUGACUAUUGUAACACCUAAAUACAUUAUGCCAUCUUUAGAAGUCUCAAUCAGAUUAUUGUCAGAUGCUUUUUGAAUUUGUGGUUUAGUUGUGCAUUUGUGCAGGCAAGUAACAUGUCCUUUAAUGUUGCAACAAAUGGCUAAACGGAGACGUAUGUCAAUCCAUGCCUGGUAAUAACAUAUAACAUGAGGGCACAUUCAACAAAUAUCAAUAAAAGACUUGACAAUG